CACAGUCAACAAUCAUGCCUGAUUCCAAGAUAGUCUCGCGCACGCUUCUCGCCGCCCUUGCACUCCCUGCUGUCUCUGCCGAGCUUCCCCCAGGCGCCAUCGCUGUGCCCAUAGUCCGAGACGCGGGUCUCGCGGCAUACUACGCAGAAUUCCAGGUCGGAACGCCCCCGCAGAAGGAAUCGCUCAAAGUCGAUACUGGCAGCCCACGAUUUUCCUUUCUUGACUCGCGCAACCAAGAAUGUGUCCUAGAUCCAACCGCAUGCAGUACUUAUGGCACUUUUGACAACUUGACCUCGUCAACUUGUCAUUAUGCAGGGCCUGGGUUCUUCGAUGCUUUGUAUGCAUCUGGAAAUGGCGAUUUCCUCAAUGACACCUUGGUCCUGGGCGGUGUCACCAUGCCCAACAUGUAUUUCGGGUACACGUCAAAUUAUCCGUCCCUCGGACGAGUUCCAAAACCAAUUGGGACUAUUCUGGGCUUGUCUCUCGAAUGUGGUUCUGCUGGACCUGACUGUAUGGGCAAGGGACCAUAUCUGCUACCACAGUUGAAGAACGCCUCACUGAUUGACAUCAUGGCAACAAGCUUCUACCUUGGUCCGGAUGAAUUCAACGUCACCAAUGCCCAGAUGAUCAUCGGUGGCGCCUAUGACAAGGCAAAGGUCGAUGGCGACAUGAUCACGCUGGAGAUGGUAGAUCCAUUCUCCAAUACACUCACUGGUGGUCAAACUAACAACGUGAACGUCACUGCACUGGAAGUUGUACUUGACGGCGGCAACCGCACGUCACAAACCUUUGGAGAAAGUGGUGUUGGUGUCCCCGUAUUGAUCGACACGGGCGUUGCAAGCUGGUACGUGACUGAAACCAUCUUCGGCGCUAUCUCCCACGCAUUUGGCAUCACCGGCACACCCCCACGCGGAUCCCAGGUGGUUCCUGUCGACUGUAUGUACCGGGACUCCAACCAUUCCAAGGGCUACAUCUCCGUCGUAUUUGGUGCUAGUGGCAAGAUUGACGUUCCGCUGCACGAAAUCGUCACCCUGUUUGCCGAUGGCAAAUGUGGCCUCUUCAUGACGGCUCGGCAAGAGUCCAUUGGUAUAUUCGGAGACCCUUUUAUCCGUGCAAUCUACACAAUCUUCGAUCAGGAGAACAAGACCAUCACAAUGGCCAGAGUAAAGCACACAACCGAGCAGAACAUCGUGCCCUUCCCCGAAGGAGGUUUCAAGGUUGGCUCCAAGGUCAGUUCUUAGAUACGAUAUAUACUUGUAAUCCGGUUAUAAUGUACAUAUUAAGGUUGGGACUAUGGGGCCCAUGCGCUCUUACGCUAGAGGAAGCGUGAUAGAUGAUGGUUU